UAAUUGCUUGCCACCAAAUCCUUUAUUUACGCCAGGCUCGAGCAAAUCAGCCCUCACGCAAUGAGAAGGAAAGAAUUGAAAACAAUGAAAACAACCUCCUCCUUUUAAACCAAGUGUGAUUCUCCUUCCUUCUACAAGCCAUGGGGGACAAAGCGUACAGGGAUUAGGACCGUAAUUAGACCAAGUCCAAUGCCAGUAUAGAAGUCUUUCCUUUAGAUGCCAUUUGCACUGGCCAUGAAAAGCAACAAGGCAAGCCAAGAUUAUUCCUCCCUUCCCUUCCCUCCCCCAUGUCGUACUUCCCAGCCAAGAGAUUCCCUUGGCUUCCCUCACCUCUCUUCCUUCCCUCUGGUCUUCCUUUCCGUUCUGGUUUCGAGCCAUAGAACGUUGAGAGACCGACAUUGAGCUCAAAGAAAGACCGAUGGCGAGCAAAACAAGGAAGAAAUCCCUUAUCUCCAGCCAUCUCCUCCUCCUUCCUCCAACAAUGAAGGACUUCGCUUCCUGCUUCAGCGAGCACGCCGUCAAAGUCUCCGAUGCCUCCUGCUCGGGCGGCAGCGGCCAUUCUUCGCCCCCCGAGAACAGGUCGGUCCAGAGCGCCGUCACCUGCCUGUACAGGUCGCGGCUCUCCACACGAAAGGAAUUUCUCAUCAGGGUCACCUGGUCCAGGAGCCACGUCGGCCCGGCCUUAUCCAUCGGCGUCGACGACAGCCCCUCCCUCCGCGACUGGAAGCCUACUUCAAUGAAUUCACGGCUCUUGAGGAAGAAGAAAGGGAGCGAGUCCUACGCCUUGGGUAGCUCUGUCGUCGAUCUCCGCUGGGACAUCUCCUCCGCCAAGUACGGUCCGGGGCCCGAGCCUACCGAUGACUUCUACGUCGCGAUCAUCGUCGAUGCCCAGUUCGGUUUGCUGCUCGGCGACAUGAGCCGGGACUACAUCGAACGAUUCGAGGAGAAGAUCCCGGUUGCCGAGUUCUCGAUGUUUAGUCGGAGAGAGCAGGUCCUCGGGCAUUCCCUUCACUCGACCAAGGCUCGGUUUCGCGAGGAUGGGAGGGAUCAUGAGAUCACCAUCAGGUGCAAGGAGGAUGGUUGGGACGCCAAGGAAUCGGAGCUGUCGGUGUGCGUCGACAAGAAGAGGGUGGUGUACGUGAGGAGGCUCAGGUGGAACUUUAGAGGGAAUCAGACCAUAUUUAUCGAUGGAACGCCGGUGGACAUGAUGUGGGACUUGCAUGACUGGUGGUUCAGCAGCCCCUCGGGGGGUUAUGCCGUGUUCAUGUUUCGGACGAGGAGCGCACUGGAGAGCAGGCUGUGGCUCGAAGAGGAGAUACUGCACAAGGAGCAAGCCAUGUCCGGCUUCUCCCUGUUGAUCCAAUCUUUCAAGAGCUGAUCUCGAAGCCUUCUAACUGGUUUGCUGUUUCCUUCACCUUCUCCUUCACUAUAUAUGCUGCUUCUUUUCUCUUUUGUUCCCAAAGAUUAGUCCCCGAUUCUUUAGGACGUUUCGACUCAAAUAAGUCGGAGAGGAGUUGCUCGUUAGAUGGAACUUUAGAAAUGUGAAUUUCAGGUUGGAUUCUGAAUUUUUUUUUCUUUCUUUCGGCCCCCGGCCCCCUUUGUUUCCUUGUUAAAUAUACUUUCUUAUAGAAUCAUGUUAUCCUUUUGAAAUACAAGCCUUUGUCCUUUCUUUAAAGGGGAUGGUUUUUCCAUUCUUUCUGUUUAUAUGUUUCCGUGGUCGUUAUGGGAAUGAAUUAAAUGGGUGGAAAUACCAAAUCCCACCUUUUGUUUCUUC